AUGUCUGAAGUUCCCACCAGCGAAACUCCUAGUAACGUUUUAAAGCGUAAAAAUGAAGAAUUAGAAGUUAAUGAAAAUGAAGUAAAUGAUAAUCAGUCCACUCUGUCGAAUCAAAACAAAAGAGUUGCCUUAGAUAGCGAGCAAUUGGACUUGCAUGAUAAGGAUGAGGAAAAAGUACACACUGCGCCAAGUAUCGGAACUCUAGCUGAAUUGGAAGAACCAAAACAAGAAGAACCACCAUUAGAAGAAAAAGAAGAAGAAGAUUCAAGGCAGGAGGGCUCUGAAGAGGUAGACGUAACUACUGCCCCCUCGGCAAAACAUGAUUCCAGCUCUGAAAAUGCCUCUUCAAACGCCUCUUCAAAUGACGAAAAAACUGAAGUAGAGCCGCCUCAACCCGUCUCGAGCAAACCAGAACUUACCGGUGCCCAAACUGUCCAACAGAUCUUGGAACAGGCUGCUUUGUUGUCGGAUCUCGCGCCUCCUCCUCCUUCUUCUUCUGCUGCUGCUGCUCCUCCUCCUUCUGCUGCUGCUUCUGCUUCUGCUUCUGCUCCUGCUACUACUGCUACUACUACUACUACUACUACUACUAAUGCUGCUGCUAUUGGUGCCCCAGUGGAACCAAAUGCCCCUGUUGCUGCCGCUGCAACUACCGAGUAUGAGUCCCCGCCCUCUUCGUCUAAACCUGUUUCUAACCAUAGGGAAAAAGAACUGGACCCAACCUUUGUUUCCCUCAGAAUGUACGUUCCUGUAAAAGAAGCAAGCACUAUUGUGGGCAAACAAGGUGCCAAGAUAAACCAUCUUAGAGAAAAGGCUAAUGUAAGAAUCCAGAUUAGCGAUAAUAUCAGAGGAGUGCCCGAGAGAAUAGUCAGCGUGAAGGGCCCAGCCGAGAAUGUUGCUAAGGCCUUUAAUUUGAUUACCCGAACUAUAUUAAACGAACCCGAGGAUGAACCGGCAAAUAUGAAUAGUCAACAAUACAACUUGAAGUUAUUGAUACCACAUCCUCUAGUUGGGUUUAUUAUUGGGAAGCAGGGCUUGAAAUUCAGAGAAAUUGAAGAAAACUCAGCUGCAAAAUUGAAAGCUGCAGAGCAACCUUUGCCUUAUUCUACUGAUAGAGUCUUGAGUGUCAUGGGAGUUGCCGAUGCAAUCCACAUUGCUAUCUACUUUAUAUCAUUGGUGAUUAUUGAACAUCAGGAUACAUUGAAAAAGAAUAAAGUUGUAUUAUACAAUCCUGCAAACUAUCAGCCUGAAAACCUGCCAUUUGAACAGCAGUCGCAAUACUCAAACAUGCAACAGCAACAGCAACCACCAUCACAACAACAGCAGCAUCAGCAACAACCUUUGGGUCAAUUGGGACAACAGUAUGGAGCCAACCCAAUGUUUCAAAACAAAAUGACCUCGCCAUUUCAAAGAUCUUCACAACAGCAACAGCAACAACAACAACAACAACCACAACAACCACAACAACAGCCGCCACUGCAGUAUGAUUUUUCAAUGAUGUUUCAACCUUCUGUUCAGCCACAGAAUAGUUAUGGAGCACUUCCGCCACAACAAGCACCUGGUAUUUCUGCAGGUGUACCUCAUCAAGACCAGUACACCGAUGAGUACAAUAACACUAUCAUUGGCGAGGUUAUUAUUAAUCCUCCUGUUCGUUCGGGCGACAAGUACAAUCAGGAUAUUUACGUUGCUAAUUCACUGAUUGGUUCAGUUAUUGGAAGAGGCGGAAAUAAUAUCAAGCACAUUAGAGAGAAUAGUGGUUGUUCCUAUGUCAAGAUCGAACCUGAUAGAGGCCAAUCUAUUAUGUUGGGAGGUAGGGGUUUGACUAAUAUUAGAAAGCUUACCUUAACAGGAGGCAUAGAUUCUUUCCAAAAGGCAAUCUAUUUGAUAAAUCAAAGGAUCAAUGCUGAUAGAGAAAGAAACGCCAGGUAA